AUGACUAAAAACGAGGAGUUUUUGGAUAAUGCGCAAAAUCAGAAUCAGGGUCAGAACCAAACGAGACGUAGAAACCAAGCCAAUGACAACUGGCAAAGGAACACCAACAACAACAAUGGUGGAAGAGUAACGUUCGAUGAUAGGCGCACGAAUUCGAAUAACAGGCGCGAUAAUUAUAGAUCUAAUGAUCGAAGAGAUGAUAGAAAUAGAGACACGCGCAAUCGUGAUACCAGAGACACGCGCAAUCGUGACGAUAGAGAUGAGCGAGAUUCGAGAGACAAUCGCGAUAAACGAGGAGAUUCGCGCAAACGUGACACUGAUGUGAAUAAGAGCGGUGCUAACAAAGGUGAUAAUGAUCAGAGACGCGAUCGUGAUCGUAGGACUAGAGAUGGCGGUACAACCAAUGAAGCUGAAGGGGAUUAUAGAGAUAUAGAUCCUGAGGAGUCGUUGGGAUCAGAGGAAGAAGGGUCGGUAAGGUCUGAUACGUCGUCUUUAAACGACGACCAGACGCAGGCUUAA